AUGAAAAGUUCUGGCUCUUUUCAUUGUGGCGUAGAUGGAGGUUCGAGCGUCGAUGAGCGGGAUGACACCCCAAAGAUCCUUUGCAUAUGGCGCAGUAACGUCCGUGAUAUCCCUGCAACUCAGCAUGAAGAGAGCAUGGAUAGUCCUUUUUUGGAAAUCCAUCAUGCCAUGACGCCGUAG